UUCCCGGCUCCCGGCGGCGUGUUCCGCUUUUCCCGGGAUCCCAGCGUCCCAGCAGGUGGACCCCGACUCUUCACAGUCAGCCUCCGGUUCCGGCUUACCCUGUGCUUCGGUCCCUCGCCCCGCAGUCCCCCAGCUCCCGGGGCCGCUGCUCUGGCCCGCACGCCUCCGCCGGCGACAGACCCAUGGCCGAGCGCGGGGAACUCGAUCUGACAGGCGCCAAGCAGAACACCGGAGUGUGGCUGGUCAAGGUUCCUAAAUAUUUGUCACAGCAAUGGGCUAAAGCCCCUGGAAGAGGUGAAGUUGGGAAACUGCGGAUUGCCAAAAAUCAAGGAAGGACCGAGGUGUCAUUCACUUUGAAUGAGGAUCUUGCAAAUAUUCAUGAUAUUGGCGGAAAACCAGCUUCAGUCAGUGCUCCUAGAGAACAUCCAUUUGUCUUGCAAAGUGUUGGAGGACAGACAUUAACGGUGUUUACUGAGAGCUCAUCAGAUAAGCUUUCACUGGAAGGAAUAGUGGUACAAAGAGCUGAAUGCCGACCUGCUGCCAGUGAAAACUACAUGAGAUUAAAGAGAUUACAAAUAGAAGAAUCUUCCAAACCUGUAAGGCUAUCACAGCAACUAGACAAAGUUGUGACAACCAAUUACAGACCUGUUGCUAAUCAUCAGUACAAUAUUGAAUAUGAAAGGAAAAAGAAAGAAGAUGGAAAACGAGCUCGAGCUGAUAAACAACACGUUUUAGACAUGUUGUUUUCGGCCUUUGAGAAACAUCAAUAUUAUAAUCUUAAGGACUUGGUGGACAUCACAAAACAGCCUGUGUCGUACCUGAAGGAAAUCUUAAAAGAAAUUGGUAUUCAAAAUGUAAAAGGGAUCCACAAAAACACAUGGGAGCUGAAGCCAGAGUACAGACAUUAUCAAGUAGAAGAAAAGAGUGAUUAAGAAGACUCGAAGCCUGCCUGCUAACGGAACAACUGAAGAGUGAUGCGCUAAGCAAACGGCCUUGAUACGUGAAUCCUUGAGCACCAUCUGUUGUAGGGGGAAAAUGACUGGUACUUUAAUUUCUCUAGGUAAAUUUUUUAAACAGUAAUUCUUGUCAAGUUGCUUAAGUGAUUUUUGAGGAAAAAGAACACAUUUAUUUAUAUACUUAAUCAGAUUAUUCAUGAUGGGGUUGGGGGUUGAAGAAGGUUUUUCUUUUCAAAUAUUAACUUUUAAAAUGUAAAAUUAGGAAAUGUUUUCUAAAUGAGGACUCCCCGUCCUUGUUUCUCUCUGAGGAGUUCAGGUAAUACAGAUCCAAACUGAAUGGCAUAGCAGGAAAAAAGUAGUCAACUACAGAAACUCUCAAAAGGAAUUAAAAGGAGUUCCUUAUUCUGAAAUUGUCGAAGAACAAAGCUGUGUUUAUUUUUUUUUUAACAGGUGGCUGUGUUUCAUGUUCACACACAUUAAUGAAAGGAGAGCAUUUAUGUUUGUACUAAGAUAGCUGUCUUCAUCAUUAGCUUAUUUUACCCUAGCGAUAGUGACAUGAGAAAUGGAAAAAAUCAUGGUCAAUUGGUCUUUCUUUCUUUCUUCUUUUAAAAUAAUUAGAAAUUGGGAAUUCCUUGGCCGUCCAGUGGUUAGGACUCCGCACUCUCACUGCUGAGGACCCAGAUUCGAUCCCUGGUUGGGGAACUAAGAUCCCACAAGCCCCGUGGUGUGGCCACAAAAAAAAAAAAAAAAGAAUAAAAUCAUUAGAAAUUAAAUACGUUUCCAAUUCAAGAUAUGUAUCCCCCACCCAGAUUAUAAGUUUCUCAAAGACUGACUUUGCUCCCCAGCUUUUCCUGCACCCUCGGGCGUGCACUGAGUCUUGCUGUUUAGAGACUAGAUGCGGGUUGUAGGGGUGAGGCUGAUAGGUACAGACAGAAAGGUUGGUGCCAGUCCCUGGGGAAUGAAAGUGCUUCUUUUAUCGUUCGUUUUAAUUAAUUUAAAAUAAAAGCAAUACAUGUCCAUGGUUAAAGUCUUUCUAGUACAAAAUGUUAUAUAUUAGGCAAUCCAAAAGCAUACCCGUGAACAAGACCACCAGAACAAAAGAAGCUUUAGCAAACUAAACACAAUGAAAAGCGUCUUUUUUACUUGUUAAUUUUGUCAGCUGCAACCAGGAAGCAGCAAAUGCCAAAAUUUGUUAAUGUUAUGUAAUUAAAGCAAAUCAAGGAAAUAAUCUAUCCACCGAGAUAAAUAUUUUCCUGUAUUAUUUGAUUUUUAGCAGCAGAGCACCAGAAUGCUGAGGCUGGGUGCCACUGCAUUAAGGAGAAUGUAGUCCUUGCAUUCCCCCUGUAAAAUAAAAUUGAUUGAGGAGGGUGGUCCCAUUCCCUCCCCCGCCUCCAGUUGUCUCGUCCUGCCUCGUUGUGGCGCAGCAACCAAAUGUUGUAUCCCCCUUACCUUUCAAUUCCUAGUUACUUAAGCCUCGGUGUCAGAAAGCAGAUGGACAAUGGUGUGAUAAAUCCGUAUAGAGCUGAGAAUUCUGGACACCUGUCAUGCACUUUGUUCAUAGUAUAUACCUUCCCCCCAAACCUUGUCUUUCUGGAGGUAUGGUACUGCCCUGAAACAGACCUGUGUCUCCUCUACCCCUGCCUUUUGUUUUUGUGGUGACAACACCUGCCAGAUUGAACUUGCUGGCUGCUGGUAGAGUUUCCAGGGCAGAACUUUGUCUCAUUUGAAGCUAUCCUUUGAUAUUUUCUGCAAACCUGGUUUCUUUAGCUUGUUGUAGUGACCUUGUACCUCAUCACACCUGACAGUAUCUGCCUGUGUCUCUUAAACAACUUGUUAUCUAUUCAGUAGCAUAGCUGAUCUAGGUGGUUGACUGCUGCCGUUCCUAAUUUGUUUGAAAUUGCUUCCUUAUUUAGUACAAAAAUAUAGCUAUUGGCCAUGGAGGAGACUCUCCCUUC